CGGGGUGUUACCUGUUUGUCUCUCUGUUGCAUCACAGAAUCUCCACUCCAACGAAGAUGGACAAGUCCGGCAAAGUUAUUGCAAAGUGGGAUAGUAGAGCAACAAAAAUUUACACAGAAAUUUGUGUAGAAGAGGUUAAUGCUCGGAACAGGCCACAACAAUUCCUAAAUGCCGAAGGGUAUGCUAACCUCAUAAGGAAGUUUAAGGAACGCACUGGGCGCACUUACACCAGGGAUCAAAUGAAGAAUAGGUGGGAUUCGUUGAAGAGAAUGUUCACCCAGUGGAAAACUCUGAAUGAUAGGGCUACAGGUCUUGGUCGAGACCCUCAUACUGGUUCAAUCAGUGCCCCAGAUGAGUGGUGGGCCAAGCAAAAUGAAGCAAUGCCAGGCUGUAUUAUGUUCAAAACAGCCCCCCUAGAGAAUGAGGACGAGCUAAAGGUUAUGUUUGGACCAAUUGUGUGCACAAAUGAAAGAACCCUGGUGCCCGGCGUCGAGGAUGCUAAUUCUUCUUCUGAUGAUCAUUUGGAAUACACUUUAGGUGGGGGUGAAAACAGCACACCUGACCCCUGCACAAAUGCUACUGGCAAGCGUAAGUUGCGACAUGAUUCCCCUAAACCAAAGAAGAAAAAAGAUUCGAGGGAAGAGUACAUGAAAAGACUUAUGGCGGCUUUUGAGUCCCGCUCAAUUACCACAAACAAGUCUAUUACCUCUUCUGACAAUGACCCGGUUCGCUUAGAGAUUAAAAAGCAGCUGAUGCAAGUGAAGGAAGAUGGAUCACCUGAAGGGAGCGAAAUACAUUUGUUUGCCACGCAUCUUCUGAUUCAUAAGAAGUAUAGAGAUGUUUUUGCAAACUUGGAGACAAAGGAAGGAAGAAUCGCUUGGCUUCGCAAUGCUUACGAGUUAGAAACUAAAAAGAGCAAUUAGCUGGUGGACGUCGGACACCUGAGUCGUACAUGUUUACUAUUAUCGUUGGUUGUGUUUGUCAUCGGACACCUUCAGCCGUAUAUGUUGAGUAUGUUAGUUGUGUCUGCUUAAUGAGUCCUGUCGUGUCAGUUUUCGUUAGUAUCAUUCUCGCUUUGAAACAGUUUUCCACAAAUUCGAGUUGAACAUGUAUGACAAUAAUCAGAGUUGUAACUUUGUUACCUAUGUGAAUCUGUGAACAAUUUCGUAUGUGUUUAUAAA